AUGAGCUUCAGGGACGUAGACGACUUUGUGUUGCAAGACCCUUCCUCCACCGACGUUGGUCCCUUGUUCGAUGUCUUCUAUAACGAGCAGGACAAGAGUGUCCCCAGUGAGCGCGAGUCAAACCUCGCCCCCGUCGAUGUGAAACCGGACCUCCAAGGUCAGAAGAUGGCAGGGAUUUCCUCUCAAAGUCCGCCCGUCACUCCGGACUGCAAGCUAUUCGUUGCAGCUCUCAAGGAGGAGGACAGCUCCCAACAGACUCCGAGCUGCGGAAGCAAGAGGAAGGUGGUCUUCCCUACUCUGUCGACCUCGUUCGACGACAUGAUGAGUGACUUGGCCGAGCCCGAGGGCUUUCUGUGCUUGCCUCCUGCAGCCCCCGGAAGCAAACGGCCGAAAACCGAGCAAGCUGAGCUGAAGCUGAAGCCGAUCUGCAUGGCUCGUGCGUCUGAGAGCAAGAGCGAAAGCUUUCUGCAUGUGGCGAGCGAGAAAAAAGAAAAGGAGGACGACUUCAUCUUGGAGAUCAAGAAGGAAGUCAGUGAGGAUACCUUGUUGUUCUUGGAGAUGCUCAAUGAUGAUACGCCGCCACUCUGUCAUGAUGGGCAAGAGACUCUUGAGGAGGGGCAAGGUGCCGUCAACGAUGAGGGCCAGGACAGCAGCGGCGAGAGCCAACAGCAGCCUUCGCCUCCACCCUUGCAACCUGUGGAUGGGCAGAAACGAGCCCGACAGGGGCAGGAGCGAUGGGCGAUGAAGGCCAAGGAGCUGCGAGAGGAGUGGAACGCCAAGAUCCAUAGAGCUCCCCUCUCUACCAAGGCAGUCUUCGAGGAGCAGCUGCAGGCUUGCAAGGACUUGAGGCUCAAGUCGCAGAAAGAAGCUUUCCUCUACUUCCUGCAGCUGCUCAUGCUAGACAACGUGGUCACCCCCUUCGAUUUCAUCGGCUACCACAGCCUUCACUUCAUUUCCAGCUGCUCUUUCAAUGGCUGGAGAGGCUUCAAUGUCAACCCGCAGUUCCACCUGGAGUUCAAGAGGAGACUCUACGGUCUGUUCGAUGGUGGGGAGGUGAAGAAGAACACUUGGCAGAAUCUCUUCAGGAACAGCGGCCUCAUCCCCGACGCAUGUCAGGGCCACUGGGAGGAGGCGCUCAUGGGACGGCUGUCCUUCACCUUCACUUUUCCCCGGAGCGAACGCAGAGCGGACUAG